GCACCAUCAUCAAAGGCUUUGUGAUGUAAGCAAGCACUUACUGCCUGGAUGGCCCCACAGGGAGCAGAACACUGAACACCCAGAAGGUAUGCGCAAAGCUUUAGGCUGAUUGUAGAAGCCAGACCAAAUACCAGGAAGGUACUGCAGCAAGAUGGACUUGGGAGAGGAUCAGCCUCAUUUGCAACUCUAUCAGACACCUGACCAGCCUCGAGGAGAGACCUUUGCUCCAGAAAUCAUUGGAACUUGGAGUUUGCGGAACCGAGAACAACUCAGAAAAAGAAAAGCUGAAGCACAAAAGACUCAAACUUUACAAUGGACAUUUGGAGAACAGAAAAAACGCAAGUGGCAGAACACAGGAAAAGGAAAGCAAAGAGGCCGGAAGAGACAACAGCACGCGGAGCCAAAGAUAAAGCCUCAGGCACAAAUAGCAAAGGAGAUGAUGGAGGAAGCACUGGUACCUACAGAGAAAGAAAAUGAGCCGCCUGGAAGAGUAGCUGAAGCCCCUGCUUUGGUAACUUCCCCAAAAAACACUGUGUCGGAGGAACAUUCUUCAGAACUAUCUCAAGAAAGCAUUACACAACAGGAAAAUUCUCCUGAGUACCAAGACAUAGUGGUACAAAACCAUUCUUCUGAAACAUGCCAACACAGGGCUGAAUCUGAAGACCUCGCUCCUGAAAUGUGCCAAGAGGUAGCUGUACUUCAAGACCAUUCUUCCAAAUUUUGUCAAGAGGUGGCUCAGCCUGAAGUCCUUGCUCCUGAAACAUGCCAAGAAUCAGCUGUGAUUCAAGCUCGUCCUUUCAAAAUAUGGCAGGAUAUAGUUCAGUCUGAAGUCCUUGUUCCUAAAAUGUGCCAAGAAACAGCUGUUCCCAAAGCCCCUUAUUCCAUAACCCAUGAAGUUGUCGCUGACCAGGAAAGAUGUACCCCUGAAGCAUCCUUCAAAGUGGAUGUGCCCAAAGACUACCCAGAGGACACAGACCCAGACACAGCUGGACUAGAAAAGCCCACUUUGGAACAAGAUCAAGCUAAGUCAGAAGGCUCAUUUCUUCAAACACAAGAAAUAACUCUGCCUAAAGACCUUUCUUCAAAAACAUAUCAAGAAACAAUUGAGCCUGAGUACUUUUCUCAUGAAACAUAUAAAGAAGUGAGUGUGCCUAACAGUACCUUUCAUAAAACAAUCCAAGAAACACCCGAGCAUGAAGAAUAUUCACCUGAAAUAAACCAAGAAACACUUGGGCCUGAAGACUAUUCACCAGAAACCUACCAAGGAACACACGAGCCCGAAGACCUCUCUACUAAGACAUAUAAAAAUGAGAAUGCAUCUAAAGAAUACCUUCCAGAACCAUACCAAGAAACAGGCAAGCCCCAAGGCCAGGAUCCUAAAGUACAUGGAGAAGACUCUAACGAUGUUUGUACUCCUCCUCAAGAAAUGAAAGAAAAACCCAAAGUAGAAGAACCAGAAGUACCAGCAAUUCCACAUGUUCCUCAAGAGACUGGUCCAGAAAAUGAUGCGUAUAACUAUGUUUUGUUUUAACAAUGUCCAACCAUAAAGUUGUAAUCCUGUGGAAUAUGCAUCUUAGUAUUUUGUGUGUUUUUCUCAAACUAUUGUAGAAAUAACUACAAUUUUCAUUAAUAAUUUAAUUUAGUCUUUUUUUCCUUUUACAGAAGAUACUUCAGAGGACUAACAUUUUUCAAGGCUCUAAAACAGAUAAUAUUCUGUGUGUGUGUGUGUGUGUGUGUGCAUGUGGGUGUAUAUAUAUGUAUAUGGGGGUGAAGGGAAGAGAAAAGGAGAAGGGGAAGGCUGAAUAAUUUUUCCCUCUAAUAACAAACAUUUCUUUUUUUUUUUGGUUUUUCUCCGGUACUGGAAUCGAACUCAUGACCUUGCGCUUGCCAGGCAGGCACUGUGCCGCUGAGCUCAAUCCCCAGCCCCAACAUUUAAUUCUUAAGAGUAAAAAAGUGGUUACACUUUAGAAAUGUAUAGUUUUUGUCAAUCUUGUUCAAUUAUUGAUAUAACAAUAACAACAUUUUAUUCAUGCUUUGGUUCUUUUAGCUAAUUUGAAUGAUUUUUAUUUUGGGACUCCUUAAAAGAUAUUUUGGAAUGAUGAAUGCAGUUUACUUUUUUAUUUUAAAGAAGAGAAAAAUAAACAAUAAAAACAACCAUAUAAGAUUUCAAAACAAGACUGUAGUGUAGGAGAGUAACGUUGGUUAGUACACUGCAUAUUGUCAUCUUCAAAGGUAGAUUUACUUGUAUUUGGAUUGUAUUUGGAUUUUCUAUUGUUUUCUUUUUAAAUAUUGUAUUUGUGCAAAAAUGUACAUUAAACUACUAUGACAUGCUUAA